AUGUAUAGACCACCUCCAGGCCCACCACCAGGCUGGACUCCGCAGCAGCAAGAAGAAAUGUACAGACCACCCCCAGGUCCACCACCAGGCUGGACGCCUCAACAGCAGGAUGAGGCCUGCGAUAACCCCCCUCCAUAUCACAACUGGCAAGAACAAGUGCCUGACACAGCGACGCUACCGCCGCCGCCGGCGAUGUCGAGAUUCGAGUCCGAGACGGGGAACGCCUCGGGUGAUGAUGCUGGUUAUCGCGCAAAGGAGUUUUGCAAUGAGAGGCCAUUAUGGAGGCCUGUUAGGCCCUCGGAACCAAUCUACACAAGCACUCAAGACGGCGACAUUCGUCCCGGCCAACCCAUCGAAUACCGUGGCACUCUCGACACCCUCGGCCGCGGCCACUGGCGCAUCCGCAGCGACAAAAACUGUCGCGACUGUAGCAUCAUCUCCCUCUUACCAUUAUAUUACGCCAUGCGCGACUCGCCCAUGGUGACGGAACGGGUCAAAACAAUCUACUUCGAAGUCACGAUCAACAAAUUCCAUCGUCGACCUUUUGGCGACGACGCAAGCGGCUUUUCGCUAGGGCUUGUAGCCCAGCCGUACCCUUCAUGGCGCUCGCCGGGUUGGGAUCGAGCGAGCGUUGGAGUCUUUUCUGAUGAUGGAUGUAGGUUCGUGAAUGACAAUUUCGGCGGGAAGGAGUUUACGACUGCAUUCCGGACGGGUGAGACUGUUGGGAUUGGUAUGAGGUUCGGUCUACCUGCUGCGCAGCAGCAAAAACCGGAUGUGAGAGUGUUCUUCACGAGGGGUGGUGCUGAAGUCGGAGGUUGGGAUUUGCAUGAGGAAUUGGAUUCGGAGGCUAACGGUGUGUAUGGCCUAGAAGGAGAUUUUGAUCUUUAUGCUGCUAUGGGCGUGUUCGGGGGUGUGGAUGUCGAAGUCAAGUUUGAGCGGGAGAGGUUUCUGUUUAAACACUUGAAACAUUCCAACGCUUCCUCAACGUCCUCCCUGGACCGGACUCAGUCUGAGCAGGAGCUUGAGAGUAUGUACGACUACUUGGCAAAAGUGAUUCUGAUCGGACCCAGUGGGACUGGCAAGUCAUGUUUACUCCAUCGCUUCGUCAAGGAUGAAUGGCGCGUUCUUUCCUCGCAAACAAUCGGCGUCGAAUUCUCCUCUAAAAUCGUCAAAAUCGGCACCGGCUCGCGGCGCAAACGCAUCAAACUGCAACUCUGGGACACCGCGGGCACAGAACGAUUUCGCUCGGUGUCGCGAUCUUAUUAUCGGGGAGCUGCGGGGGCGGUGUUAGUGUACGAUGUUUCGUCUUAUACUUCCUUCGCGGCGCUGUCGACCUUUUUGAUGGAUGCGAGGGCGUUGGCGUCGCCGAAUUUGACGACUAUAUUGGCCGGAAACAAGGCAGAUUUAUUGGUAGAUGAUGAUCAGACUGAGAUUCUGGACACGGAAGACGAGGACGUGCCGUCGUCAACGUCAAUGGCGAAUAGUGUAUCGAGCAGCAAGAUUUCGUCCUCGUACAUGUUUGAUGGUGUUGGCGGAAAGGGAGGAGCAGGCUCCUUACGCUCCGUGACAAGCACGAAUUUCGCAGCUGGAACGAGGCUAACGGCAACAACAAACUCGCAUGGUCGCCAGGUCAGUGACCUCGAGGCUAUCGAAUGGGCGACUCGGUCCAACAUCCCCGUCGCCGUUGAAGUUUCCGCAUUCUCGGGCCAGAAUGUCGAUGAGCUGUUUACGCGUCUUGCGAGGAUCAUACUUACCAAGAUUGAGCUCGGUGAGAUUGAUCCGGAUGAUCCGCAGAGUGGGAUUCAGUAUGGUGAUUCCGGUGCGUGGGGGAUGACGAUGAGUGAUGCAGCAAGCGAGGAAGAGGGGCGGGAAGCGAAAUAA